AUGGGUUUCGGUCGAGAGCGAAAAGCGUCAGCCAACGCAAGUUCCAGUGGUGUACAAUGGAUGGAGGCACGGAUGGUAACGGCAGGGAGAUGGAAGACCGUCAAGUUUCUUCCUACUUUGCCAUCGCCCGUCAAGAAAAAACAGAUCAGGGCGAACGCAAAGAAGAUGUGCCCGCUCACGUUCCCUAGCCCUGGGGAUGACAGGGGGGAGUAUAUACCAUUUGAGACAGAUGGAUAUCAGUUGCAAACCAAACGCACCAAGGACUUGCACAAUUACAUGGCGGAUUGGAUCCCGAAACAGAACCUGUAUUUGAACGAGAUCGUGUUGCUCGAGGCACCCCCUUCCCCUCUCAAAUGCUUGCAAUGCGAGAGCUCCUCGUCACCGACCUGGUGGAGGGGUGAAUUGGAUGAGGCAGAUCCGGAGACAAAUGGGGACGGUGAAAACGAUGAGGAACAGGAUCUGGCAUGGCUGGAUUGCGACGAUUUUAGUUAUGGGGCUAGGCCGCCCAGUAGGAACAUAAAAGGCAUGAAGGUCGUUGUGGUAGUGCACUCGAACGGAGUUCACCACCUACCGAUACAUUUUUGCUGCUGCUUCGAUGCCCUGGAACCCGAAUACCAACUACUUCGGAAUGGUUUCUACCCGGCAACCUCAAAGAAUGUGAGAACCAUCUUCACAUUUACCAUGCUCGACGAGUACCUGCUCGAAACCUUGGAAUGCUUUACGUCCACUCACCACUAUUACUCAAAACUCCGGCGCCUGACGAACGAGCCUUUUCCCGACACAGUAUCUGAUUGUACCAGGGAACUUCGCAGAGUUGGGAGACAGUGGAGAAAACUAGGCGAGUUGAAACGGUACGGAUUCGCUCAUGUUGGCCGGAUCAACCUUCCGGAAGGUUGGGAAGACGAUCCCGAGGAGUGGAAAUAUACUCAAAGCUUCGUGGCUGACGGUAACUUUACCUGCAUCCAUCGGAGACAGCGGAAGGAGGAAGAGUUUGAUGUGGGAUUGAAGAAUGGAGAGGGGUACAUGACCGAGGCCGGGACGUAUACCGAGCAUCUGAGGAUUGCUGAGGAGACAAGUGAGGCGACCGAAAAGCCCCCUACGUGCCACGAGCAUCGAGCGAUUGCCGAUAAAUCAAAAGUACGCAAGGGGCUCGACGUGACCGGAAUAGGCGCCAUCGCAUGCAUGCGACACGGGGCCUUCGCACCGGGCAGCGUGGUAGACUUUCAAAAAGGAGAGAGACAAAUCAACAUGGACUAUGCUCUUUCAGAAGCCCUGCAAUUGACGAAUAUGGAGCAAACCCGAAGAGUUAUUCUCGCCGACGACAUUAACUGUCAAUAUAGCAAGCACCUCCUUCGGAGACUGCGAGAGGGAGAUCACCUGAAGCUCAAUGAGGACUUAAUCUGGGUCUUUGGCAUUGGUUUAUUCCAUGUCCACGGUCACCAAGAGGCCUGCCACGCUCAAUACUCACUCACUUUCAUCCGUGGUGCUGGUGUCUCGGCGGGAGAGAUACUGGAAUCGUUGUGGGCCGUAGUCAACGAGGUUGCCCGCUCGACCUCGACGAUGUCUCUUGCGCAUAGGGCCAAAGUUCUCGAUGCUAUCAUGGGAGAUAUCAACUGGAAGAAAAUGCUGAGGCUCAUUCCCUUGAUUCCAAAGGACUGGAAGAAUGCGCGGAUGCAACUGUCCAGUGCCAGAGAAGAUUUCGAGCUUCUCAACGAGACAGCCACCACUGAACAGACCGAGAGAUGGCAGGAGCAACUGAACGCCGCACAAGAAGCACACAUCCAUGAUGUAUCAGCUAUGGAUGUUUUGAAUGUGAAGGUGUCGAAAGCACCUAGCUUUGCGAACGUCCGCACAAGACUGAUGGAAGCUGAGAAGCGAGCAGGCCAGGACGUCGGUUUGACGUCGUGGAUAGCAUUUGGCUUCAAGAUCCAGGAAGCUCAGGUUCGCCUUCGGUCGUACCUGCAGACUCUACCUAAGGAGAGGACGGAAGCGCAGGAGGUAGAGGUUGCUCAACGCAGAGAGCAACUCUAUACCGACGUGAACAGCCUAUAUGAAAUGGCGACAAGCCUCUUCCCGGACUCUGACCUCAGUGCUCUCAAGUACGAUGAGCCUCCGGUUGGCGAGGACGUGCAACUCGAGGACGAGGAUGACGCUCUGGCUGGGGAUGACAACCCCUACUCACUCUCUCAAAACAACAUCGAGAACGUGAAGUUACCUCUUCCGUCCUCCCUCGCGCAGUCGGACGUGACACCGUCGCUUCAAAGAGCGAAGGAGAAAGAGCUUACUCUUCGCAUCGCGCAAGCAGAGGAUGCUCUCGAGAGCAUCCGCAAUGACAUUGGCCACAAGUCCUAUCUAUAUCGUUCAAACAUUUGA